AUGAAGAGAACAAGAAAGCGUUCUCAUAAGAAAACUGAGGUAAGUCAGGAAAAUUCUGACGAAUUUAAAAACAAAUAUAGAAAACUCAGUAACGGUUCAAAAGAGCAGGAACAGCGCAUAUCUCCUGGACAUUCCAGGAAAAAGAGAAGUAGGAGCUGCAAUGAGCAGGACAUUGAGAGAGAGAGAGAACCCAAAAGACGGCUCCUUGCUGAGGAACGCAUCAGAUAUCAGGGUCAGAAAAGAUACAGGACCUCCAGUCAUGAUGAAGAGGAGCAGGUCAUGCAGAAAAGACCAAAGCUCUCCCCGUCUCCCAAACUGGGUCAGAAAAGUGAGAGAAAGUCUGCUGUAAAGAGCGAUCAGACAUCUCCACCCAGAAAGCAAGCCCUGAAACGAAGCAGGGAGUGCGAUCAUGGGGAGCAGCUCAUGCAGAAAAGACCAAAGUUCUCCUCAUCUUCAAAACUUGGUCAGAAAAGUGAGAGAAAGUCUGCUGGAAAAGGCGGUCACACAUCUCCACCCAGAAAACAAGUCCUGAAAAGAAGCAGGGAAUAUGAUGAGGAGGAGAAGGAACAAGUUAGGCAGAAAAAGAUAAAGAUCUCCCCUGGAAAGCAGGAAGAGGAGAAAAGAGAUAGGGAGGAGAUAGGAGAGAAAAAGUGCUUUAAGAAAGAAAACAAGCCAACGAGCGACGAUGAAUGUGUGGCAGGAGUAAGUGGACAGUCUGUGGUUGAACCAAAGACGUCACUGCCUCUGUCAUUCAACGGUUAUAGAUUCCACAAAGUGCUGGGACAGGGGAGCUUUGGAAAGGUUGCGCUAGCUUCCACCAAAGACACAGGUCAAGUUGUUGCACUUAAAGUAAUAAAGAAAGAUAAAGUUAAGGAAAAGACCAUUCAGAGGGAGGAGCGGAUACUGAAAAUGGCGAGCGGCAGUCCGUUCCUAUGUCAGGGACUCGCUGCCUUCCAGACCCAGGAGGAAGCCUCCCUGGUCAUGGAGCAUGUACCAGGGGGCAGUCUCCGUUCUUACAUGGCUGGAAAGGAAUGUCUGCCCAUGGGGGAAGCAAGGUUCUUUUCAUCAAACCUGGUUUGUGGGAUCCAGUAUCUUCAUUCCCGGGGGAUCCUUCAUCGGGAUCUGAAGCCAGACAAUAUUCUCCUGGGUGCCAACGGCUAUCUCAAAAUAGCUGACUUUGGUCUCUCGGCAGAAAAUAUCUUUACAGAAACAACAACCAGAGGACAAGCUGGCACACUGAAUUACAUGGCGCCAGAGGUACUCAGCAGCAAACCGUACGGCCAAUCAGCAGACUGGUGGUCAUUUGGCGUAAUUCUCUGCCGCAUGAUCACCGGACAGUACCCAUUUAAUACCAGUCUCAGCAGACAGGAGUUCAUAGAGGAAGUAUUAAACAUGAACCCACGUUACCCCACCUGGCUGUGCAGCAAUCCUACAGACCUCCUGGACAAGCUCCUGGAUAAGGAUCCUAAUGCACGUGCUGUGGCAGGAAGGAACAUUCGGGAGCACCCCUUCUACACUAACAUUAAUUGGAAAGAUCUAGAGGGGGGCAAAGUGACCUGUCCAUUCUUGUCACUGCUGACUAAGUCAUCCAUGGCCCGUCCUUCACAAUCUAGGAAUGUCGGUAAUGAAAGAAAAGAAAAGAUUUCCAGCAAAGAAGAUGGUGAUGGCCACAUCUUGGUCAAACUAUAG